UUUGUUUUGACAGAUGAUAAAAUAAAUGACAAUACACAUUCCUUUAUGUUUUUGUUUUCAUUUUGUCGCGUUGGUAGUUUAGUGGUCGGGAACAUUUGAAUCAAUAUAUAUUUCAAAAUUGUUUUGCGCAAUAUGUUGUUUUUUAUGUGAAGAUCAUUUCCAACUUCACGUAACUGGCGCACUCGAAAUCAAACAAUAUCCAGUCUAGUUUCGGGGUACGACAAAAUCCAAAAUGUCAAAUUCUAAGGACGAAGCGAAAAAUAAUGCAUGGACGCGGUUUGGUAUGCGAUUAGCUUUAAGUACGACUUGUCAUCCUUUUGAAUACGCUAAAGUUCUGAUACAGAUUGGUUAUGAGCCCAUCCCUCCAAGGCCUACAACUACUUUAUUUGGCAGACCCGCCUUAGCGCUUCCAAAUGUUUUUCAAUAUGUGGGUUACAUUAGAAGAAUGGAUGGCAUUACAGGUUGCUAUCGAGGCCUUACACCUAAACUCCUGGGUAACAUAGCGAGUGUCUUAGGUAGUGAAAAAAUAGCUGAACAGUUAGGUUUGGGUGUACCUCCUGAAAAAGAAGAUGUAAAUGAUGAUGAACUCACAGAUAUUGAAAGGAGGAAGAGAUUUGAAAAGGCAUUGUCAAGAGACAUGAUUCUUCACAUAAGCGGUACAAUAAUUAGUCACCCCUUCCAAGUAAUCACUGUUAGAAUGAUGGCUCAAUUUAUUGGUCAUGAAACCAAAUAUUGUUCAAUUUUGGGAUCAAUUGCAACUAUUUACCAAGAAGAAGGUAUUGGAGGAUUUUUCAAUGGUUUGUUCCCAAGAUUGUUAGGUGAUAUUGCUUGUCUUCUGUUUGCGAGUGCUGUUACAUUUAUCAUUAACAAACAUUUAGUACAGGAUAAGGAAACUCGCAGCUAUGUUGGAGCUAUUGCUACAUUUGUAACAAGCACAAUUAUGUACCCAUUCCAAGUUGUGUCAAAUUGUAUGACUCUUCAUGGAUCAAGAUUGGCUGCAAGUAAACCACCUCAUAUGCCUACUUUCAACAAUUGGCAAGAAUGCUGGGCUCACUUGAAACAACGUGGGGAGCUCAAACGUGGCUCAUCUUUACUGUGGCGUUUCUAUCGGCCCCCGAGUUACGAUGUAGGCGCACUGCCGCCAGCGCCUUCUCCUGAAUUUAGGAAACCUGGUUACAGGCACUAAACAAACGUGGCCAAAAGAUAAAUAAGACUUUUUAAGAACCGAGUCUUCUAUAUAAUUCCACCGUUCAGUUCGUAGUAUCGUGAAUAGUUUAAUGGCAAAAAUGGUACUGACAAGACACAAACUUAAGCAUUCACAUUAUAGGGUUAUGAUUUUUUUUUGUUACCUCAGUUAUUAUAUUAUUUAUUCAAUGUUUUUAUUUAAAUCAAUAGGAAUAAUUUGUGUGCACAACUCGAGAUCAAUUCUAUAAAAACUGCCAAAAAUUUAAA